UCAGGGCCAGCUGAAGGGCUGCAGCACAGGGGAGUUUGCUCCUGGUUGCAGCACAGCUCUGGGAAGUGAGUGGGAGAGGACAAGGAGGCUUGGCAGCGGAGCUCAAAGGAGAGGCGUGAGGACUCGCCAUGCCGCUGGUGAAGAGGAACAUCGAGCCCCGGCACCUGUGCCGGGGGGCCCUUCCUGAUGGGGUGACGAGUGAGCUGGAGUGUGUCACCAACAGCACGCUGGCUGCCAUCAUCAAGCAGCUGGGCAGCCUCAGCAGGCACGCGGAGGACAUCUUUGGAGAGCUGUUCAAUGAAGCCAACAGCUUCUACAUGCGCAUGAACUCGCUGCAGGAGAGGGUGGACCUUCUGGUCAUCAAGGUGACGCAGCUGGACUCCACCGUGGAGGAAGUUUCACUGCAGGACAUCAACAUGAGAAAAGCCUUCAAGAGCUCCACGGUGCAGAACCAGCAGGUCGUGUCCCGCAACUCCAUCCCCAACCCGGUGAUGGAGAUGUACCAGCGCUGCGACAAACCCCCGCCGCUCAACAUCCUCACGCCCUACAGGGAUGACAAGAAGGACGGCCUCAAAUUCUACACCGACCCCUCCUACUUCUUCAACUUAUGGAAGGAGAAGAUGCUGCAGGCGACAGAAGACAAGAGAAAGGAGAAGCGCAGGCAGAAGGAGCAGCGGCUGGUGGAGGACUCCACCCGGGAGGUGAAGAAAGUGAGGAAAGCCCGCAACCGGCGCCUGGAGUGGAACAUGAUGGCGUAUGAUAAAGAGUUCCGGCCGGAUAACAGGUUCUCACCAUCCCCCUAUCACAUGGCGUCAUCGGAAGGAUCACUGUCCCCAGAUAAUAGAUCCUACGCGUCGGACGCUGCCGACCACUCGUACCCGGCCAGCCCCAACCACCCCGCGCAGCUGCUGGCCCCAGCGUCCCACCUGGCCCCGGCGGAGCACAAGGAGGGGGUGCUGGCGGCCACCAACCCCCCGGAGCACGUGUUCCGGCCGGCCGCGGGCAGCCGGCAGAACAGCCUGACCCGACUGCAGCAGCCCCACGUGCCACCGCCCCCCGAGGCCGUCCUCAACGGGCCCAGACCCCACCUAGUCAAGGAUUACGGCCCGCAGCCGGUGCCCAUGGCCGAGUACUUCGUGCCGCCGGCCCCGCCGCCGCCGCCGCCCGUCAUCCCGUCGGCACAGACCGCCUUCGACAGCCCCAUCUCGGCUCCCCCCGCGCUGGCCCCCGGCUCGGCCGCACCCCCGUCCUACGCCCCAUCACCGCCUCCCGCGCCCCCCGGCCCCUACUCCGCGUCCCCGCCGCAGACCGGCCCCAUGGGACCCCCGGUGGCUCCGCCGCCACCGCCGCCCGGGCCCCCGGCCGUGUCCGCCUCGCCGGCGCACUCCGCAUCGCCGCCCGCCCCCGCCGUGGAGCCGCGGAAGCCGCAGAUCCCACUGAUGCCCAUGAGCGACGCCCGGAGCGACCUGCUGGCAGCCAUCCGCAGGGGAAUCCAACUCCGGAAAGUCCAGGAGCAGUGGGAACAAGAGGCCAAAAAAGAGCCUGUGGGCAAUGACGUGGCGACGAUCCUGUCGCGCCGGAUCGCGGUGGAGUACAGCGAGUCCGACGACGACUCCGAGCUGGACGAUAACGAGUGGUCGGACUGAGGGGCCCCGGGCUGGGCUGGGGGGAGCUCCCAUCUCCGUUCCAGGUGUGUAUAGGCGCCUUCCCCAACGUCGCUGCCAGCGGGCGUGGGUGGCCCCGCUCGGUCAGGAGCUUUGCUUUUACACUAUGUCAAAAACCCCUUGGGCAGCAGCAGCAGCAGCAGCAGCACUGGUAGGAUACACCUUGGAGGCAGUGAGACCAGAAAUUAGCAGCACUUUCACAGUUAAUGACUUCCAAAAUUCUCUGAAGGCAGGUUCCUAGGAUUACUCCAGAUUUACACCUGGAGCAAGACCGGAGACUGGCCCUGAGUGUGCUUUGCGAGAGAAGGGAGCCCCAGAGGCAGCAGUGAUAAUGAGGAGCUCCUGGAGAAGAAGCCUUGUUUGCACAGCUGGUGCCACCACGGGAGUGCAGAGGUGGCCGUGUGGGCUUGGGGACACUCUGCUGCUGGUGGUUUUGGGGUCAGGCAGCUCCAAAGGCUGCGUGUGGGCAGGAGCCUCCUUCCCUACAGAGCGACACACCACGUUUAGCAGCAGUUACACCACUGCGUUGUUGCUCCCUGGACAAUCAUGGCAUGGUUUGGGUUGGAAGGCACCUUUAAAGCCCAUCUAGUCCAGCUAGAACUGGGACACCUUCCACUAUGCCAGGUUGCAUGAGCAGACAAAGGUAUUGGUGACCUGAGCCUGUAUCCAUUCCCGGAGCUGGUUUUCCGGGAGCAAAGGGGGAAGGCAAGGCUUGUGUGGCUGGCAGGGAGACACAGCCUUGUCUAGGCUUGUCUUGCCUUUUCCAGCAGGGCAGUGGAGGGGUCCAGGGAGCUUCCCCAAGCCCAGCUCUCCUUGGCCUUAGUGUGACACCAUUUCAGUGUUAUUUGAGAAAAAGUGAAUCAGACAAUCUGCUGCUUUCAGGUAAACUCUCAAUGUGCACUUUGCAGCCCCACAAACUGUGCCUGUCCAGCUGAGAUCAGCUCAGACCCAGGCACUGAUACCCCCUACCUGAUCCUGCUCCAUCCGCUGUCCCACAGCUGGGCACUGAUGGAGGAGAUGGAGAACAGGCCCCUAUGACAGCACUGAAAAUACCUGUUGUCCCAUCAAAACAGAGUGGGAUUCAUGGAAGACUUUUCACAGAACGAAGGGAGGAGGCACAGGAAGGCAGAGCAAAGGGGUGGGGAAUACUGGAAAUAUCACAGUCAGGUGUGAAAACCUGCAGAGAGCUGGGAGAGGUUCCCCACCUGUGGAAAAUGGGCCAGGACCAUCCAUGGAUUUACCAGCGUGGUGUCCCCAGGCUCUCUUUUGUGUUCCCCUAUACCACAAGUCCCGGAAUGGGGAAAGCCUGGGCUCUGUGCCCAGUUCUCUGCCUCCCCCAGUAGCCCUGUAGGUGAUCAGUACUUCGACUAUGUAGCAGCAGCCAGACCUCUAAAAGGGGUGGGAGAAUAAGGCUGAGACCCAAAUGCUGAUCCUUAAAUUCACAGAAUCCUAGAAUAGUUUGGGAUGAAAGGGACCUUAGAGACCAUCUCAUUCCAACCCCCUGCCAAGGGCAGGGACACCUUCCACUGGACCAGGUUGCUGCUUUCCUGGGGAACGCUGGUGUUGAGCAAAGUCCCAACAUCUGCACAUUUGCCCCCAGUGACAAAUCCUUCAUGGCCAGAUGUGGUGAAUCCUCUGCCCAGCUGCUGGGAAAUGCCCCCCAGAAGCUCUCCCUCCUCUUGAGUGGCACAAAAUGGUCUCUUUUCCCUUGGGUGUGACACCUUCCACACCUCCACACCUGGGCUGGGAGCUGUGGUGCCGAGUGGGCUUGAGCAGAGGGGUAGAAUGGAUUUGGGAUGUGGGAGAGGGCAAGGCAAGAAGCAGCAUGGAAUAGCUCAUCUGCAAAACCAAAGGAGCAGGAGUGACCAGAGGAAGCAGGGAGACACAGUGCCCUGCAGGUGGCCAGGAAAUUCCUGGUGCUCACCGAGAGCUCUCAGUUCUGAUGUUGACCCUCUGAGAUACAGGGAAAUGGCUGCAAGAGCAUUUUUCCAAAGGCUGGCCAAGACAGAGAGCCCCUGCAAUGCCCAGGACAUGCUUUCCUUGGGAAGGCAGCUGGAGUUUGGCCUGGAGCAGCUUCAGAAGGAAGGGGUGUAAAAAUUCAGGGCAACAUUUAAGGUGGUGUUUCUGGUGGAGCGUUGUUAACAUAGACACAAUCACAAAACUGUUUGUAAGCAAAGAGAAAUUUGGUUUAUUUAGAUAAUUUAGAAAGACUAAUAACCCUUUGUGAGAGAUAGAAAAUAUCAGGGGCUGGUGGAGCUGCUCUUACCUGUUACAGAGGUCGAGGGGAUGCAGAGUCACUGUGGGGACCCAGCAGAGCUGAAAAGUCCCACUGGCCCCGGGAAAGGGCUCAGGGACACACGGGACUGGCUCAUCCCUUGGCUCUGUGACUGUCCCAGUUCUGCAAAGCUGAGCCAGUCCUGGUGGGAACUGGAGAGCAGCCCAGUGCCCCUCAAAGAUCAAGUCCCUUCUUUUCACGCACCAGUUGCUUUGUGCGUGUGUGACAUGGGGCCGUGGUAACUGGGGCAGGACUCCAUUGGUGUGUGGCAGGUGAGGGCUGUCCCUGGAGCCUCCCACUGCCCUGUCCCCUCACUGUGCUGUGCUGGGACUGGCAGCUGUCAGUCAACCCUGCUGCUGUCACGGUUGAUGCCAUUGACAAUCAUAGGAGGGUUGGAAGGGACCCUAAAGGUCAUUUAGGUCACUCGGACCUGUGCACAAGCCACAGCUGCAGAGCAGAUGCACAGCUGGCAGCCCCAGGGGGGCAGGAAAGGCUCAUCCCCCUUUCCUCACACCUUUGUGUUCUUACACCAGGUCCCCAUCGGGCACCCCAGCAAUCCCAGCACAUCCUCACCCAUCCUAUUCUGCUGAAGGAAAUCCCCUGAUAGCACAAACCCAUUUCACAUUCUCAACUGCAAAGCCAGCCAGCAGCACCAUGACCUCCCAGCACCUCCAGCUGGUUGGAAACACCACGAUCCUCCUCUUCCAGGGAUCAGAACUGCCAUGGAAACCCUUAAGUUGUCUUGGUAGCAGGGGUGGGAUCUCCAUCCUCAUCCCAGAGAGGUGUCUGGUGGAGCUGGUGGAGACCUCAGGGUGGGUUUGGACACCCAUUUCUGGUGUGACCCUGCUCUCCCAACAGCACCACCAGGCAGGCAAGCACUGGGAAUCAUUCAGGUGGGAAAAGACCUCCAGGAUCCCCAAGCUGGAGCAUUAAUGCCACAUGGUGGCACUGGGAGCCCCAAUCCCAUGACAGCCAUUCCAUCCUCAGUGCCUUCACUUGAGGGACUCAGCCAUGCUUGACCACCUUUAUUUGAGGCACAUUCACCUGGUUUUUGCUCAGGUGCCCUUUGAAAUCCAACAGAAGUGACACCAAUUCCUUGGCUGCCCUGGGCUGGUGCUGCUGGGACUGUGCCACGCUAAUUAACACUGUCUGUCUGCCCCACAUGCUGCACACUCAGUGUUUUGUACAUAUGUGCCUAUUUCUGUACAUUCUCCCCAAAGUAGGCCAGGCUGUGUUACACAACCUGAAAUGCUCAAAUCCUCAUGUGGGCUGAUAUAAAAGUGAAUAUUUAAAUAUUUUAUCUAGCCCGGCAGACAUUAAAAAAUACAAUCCAGGUCACAGAUGAUUGAAUUUUCUCCUCUCUCAAGAGUACCAGAAUUGGGCUGAGGAGAUUCUCCUGUACAUUAAGGUAUUGUGUUCCCUAUUAAAAUAUAGCAGUGGCAUUUCAUUGCCAACAGAUAAUCACAGAGUGCCAAACAUUUAAGGAGCCCAACCGAUCUCCUGAGAGUUCCUCUUUCCAUUUUAUCUGCUUCCCCCUACUUGCCAAUUUAUGGGCAUAGAUUAAAAAUAAUAAAUAUGACUGUCAAUGGAGAGGGGAGAAAAAUAUCCCGUGUGCAUACAGAUGGGUUGGGCUGGGGUCAGUGGAACAGCGAAUGAGCCAUUUUGGUUCUGCUUGGAGGUGUUAAUGCGAGGCUGUCAUCCUUGAGGUCCAUCAGGAACCUCUUGGACAUCCCAGGUUCAUCUGAAAAGUGGGGACCACAGUGCCCAUGGCACACCUGUGAAGCUGCACCAGGUGUGAAGGCUGGUCCUGCUCAGGUUUCUGAAGGUUGGUGGAAGUCCUGCAGUGCUCACUCCUGGCACUGCACUCAGUGUCUCCCUGACUGAGAGUGACCACUGGAGCUGGCUGGUGGUGCUGGUGGCUCUUAGAGGGUCACUGUCCUGAAGGAAAAAUGGAUUGGGCAGUUUCUAAUUUCUAAUUUUCCACCCUGGGAAGAGACCUAGAGAGGAGCAGUCAUCCCAUCCCAUGAGAGCUCCUGCUUUUGUAGCUGUUUCACCUUGGGAAGGUUUUAUUCCAGCGACAAACUUAAGGCUGAACUUGGCUUCUUCAGAGAGCUCUUUCCACAGAAGAGCCCUCAGAUUUCCUCCCAGCAACUUUUCCAUCUCUCUCUCCCUUUCCAGACACCCAAAAGCCUGAACAGAAGCUUUGCAGACUCCCCUGAGCCUGAAUUAACACCUCAGCUUUAAUGAUAAGCGGAAGUUUUGCUUGGAGGGAGGCAGGCUGUAGCAAUGGGAUGCUGACAAGGGGAGCACAGGCUGUUCCUUUCACCAAGAUUCCUGUUUUUCCUGUAGUAGUAGUUAUUUAGGGGUAAGGUUUUCUCAGCCAGAAUGUCACUUUACAGAUUAAAAAAAUAAAUAAAUAAAAGUUAGGGCAAGGAGUCUGUCCUGAGGAGUUUACAGUCUACAGCAAAGACCAUGUAACCUGCACUGCACUUUAGAAGCCUCAAAUGCUCACUCACCCAUGAAUUUACCCUCGACUGGGCAGCAGCACCUUGAGGACCGUUGUCCCUUCCUUAGGUGACCCCUGACCAGCGCCACAACCGCGUCCCCCGCUGGUGACAGCGGCGGGGCUCUCCUGCCCCUCCACUCCCCCACGCAGAAGUGCCUGAGCAAAGUCCAGGAGAGCCAAGCCAGGCUGGGUUUGUCCCUGAAUGGGUCCCUGUGCCCUCGGGGUGGGCCUUUCCCAGCCCCCACACAGCUGUGCUCUCUGGGAUGAGCAGGGAUGGGGUGGGAAUCGUGCCUGGGAGCACCACUGCAGGCACCUGGUGACCCUUAGGGCUGCCACCAAUUCAUGUGACAGCCUUUGGGAAACGUCCUUGUCCAGACACUUACAGCCCAAACCUAGACUUCGAAGUAGUUCAAUCUUUUUGAGAGUCAAAAAGGGGGUUUUUUUGUGUGAAUCUGAUCUUUCUUGGACAAACCCCAGGUUUUUCUAGGCUCACUCUCUCAAGCUCCACCUUCUCUGGGUGAAAAUUGUGCCUGUAUUUUGCUGGUGGAAGGAAUUUAAAAAACCAAACCGAAGCCCACAGUUGAGAACUUCAGGGAGGAGGUGUUUGCCCCAAGCCCCACAGGUGGGGUGGGAGGAGGACAAUAGGAUGUCCCCAAGGGAGGACAGGUCCUGGUGGUGUCACCAGGCUGAGGCAGAGCCUGCAGCAAGGGAUGGGCUCUUGCUGAGGGAAACCCCCAGGCAAGAGCUGAUGGAAAACGGUGUCCCCUGAAGGCAGAGCAGAUGUGGCAUUACCCAAAUUGAUGUCUGAAUUACAGACUGACAGGACCCUGAGACCACAGAUGUCACCACUGAUGCUUCACCCUCCCAUAGGCAUCUCCCUGUAGGGAUCUUCCCACAGGUGCCACCUCCCAGAGGUGCCUCUAACCUCUCCCUCCUCCCAGGAACAGCAUUAAACCUCUUGCUGGUUGUUGUGAGCCCAAGUGUGUGUGAAAGGAGCCUUUCCCUGCCCACGUUUCCCACAGUGGCAAUGCCAGGGGACUGGGCUGGCCUGGGGGGAUUUUCAGCUCAGUGGUAAUUCCAGUGCUUGGUUCUGUGUAAGGUUGAGAGUGCAGAGAGGGGAAAAUGGGGCAGAAAGAAACCAGCCCAGCGUUUUAGGUUGGCCGUGCUCGCAGCAGCCUGCACAGGGGAAACCUCAGGCAGGUCAAACCCUGUGCAAAGCCACAAAGGGAGUGAGGGGAAUAAAUCUGUUCUCCAGGUCAGUGUGGGGUUGAGUUGUGGCAGAGAGGAGCUGAGUCAGGUCUCAGGGAAAGCUUUCUCAAGGUGAGGAUGGAGAAACUCAGCUCAUGGAGCCUCUGCCGUGGGAGGGCUUUGAGAGAAGCUCGUGACCUUGUGUGCAGCCAGGGAGCGAUGGAGGUGCCCACAGGGCAUUUCUGGCACGUUGGUAGCUCUGCCUCAUGCCCUCCUUGGGGGUCUGUCCCAGGGGGUUACAGCCCAAAGCAUCCCCCAGCAGCUAGGGCAGCUGCUUUUGCUCCCUCUCAGUUUUGGUGUUGACCCUCAAAUACAAUUAAGAUAAAACAUGCUGCAGAACAACCACCUGAGAGGGAAGGAUGUGAACUCACAGCUGUUACUGCUGCAUUUCAGUACUUAAAAGGCAGCAGCUCCUCUGGGCCAUUCAUGAUCCACAGGCUGUACUGGGUAAACCAUUAAGGUGGACAAUUUAAAAUUGACCCUUUGAUUUGGGGUGGCUCGGUUGAGAAAUCUAAAAGUAAAAUAAGAUUUUUUAAAAAUCUAAAAAUAAACAAACAAAAAAACCCCCCCCACACAUAAAACUAAAAAGCAAACAAACAACUCACACGUGAUUUCCAGAAGGAUAAACUGUUCCCUUUCCUUCCCUCAGACUUCGAGGGAAGGUCGGACACAGCAACACUUCCCAGUCACUCAGCAACGGAAUGAAGCAGGUGCCACCAGAACCACUUCCAAAAAUCAGAUCCAGGAAACUGGUGUUUAAGGAAAAGCAAUAAGCACAUCACCCCCAACAGGGAGAGGGUCUCCUGCCUCUGUAGGAGGUGGUUUUGUCCCUGGAGGCCCCUCCCCAGCUCUAGUGUUUCAAAUCCCAUUGAUUUUCACCUCUUCCCAGUGCUGGUGUAAGCCUGAUGCCUCAGCUGGGACCGCUGACUCCAUGGAAGAGCAUUUCUUGCCAUGGAAAAACCAUGAAAGUCUUGUGUUAGAAAGGAAGAGGCCUUGGAGCUGGGGACAUUCCUGUGAUGCCCGUGGAGAGCUGGUGAUUUCCUGCUGGCAGCAGGAGCAGAUUUAGCAGAGCCUGGCCACGUCUCCAGAAAUUGUAGUCAUGAGCAUCAACAUCCCCAUCACUGCCCUCCCUCCAAAUUUAAUUUUACACUGAGAUGUUUCAGCUCUAGCUGUAGUUCUGGCCAGUUUUCAAAUCAGGCCGGUCUUUGUCGUGUUUUUUGUCUCAGGUCAGAGCAGAUCAGGGAAAGAAAGAAAAUCACAGAAUGCCAGAAUUUUUUGGAUUUCCAGUCUGGUUUCCGCCCCCUGCCAUGGGCGGGGACACCUUCCAUGAGCCCAGCUUGCCCCAAGUCCCAUCCAACCUGCUCAAAUCCCCACAAAUUAAAAAGAACCCUUUUCUUCAAAAUGCAUUUUCAGGACAUUUUGGGGCUGAUGGCUCCUCACCUUAAUAGACUCCCUUAAUUUUGGGGCUGCCUGGCUCGUUGGGGGGAUCCGAAGCAGGGUGUCCCCAGCAGGAGUUUGGGGUGGUGCUGAGCUGUGCUGGCACCUUCCUCCCCUCUGCCUUCCGAUGUCACACAGAGGGCCUGGAUCCAGCAUUCCUGCUGGGAACACCGUGGGGCCAGGGCAGCUCCUCAUGACACAAGUGCCUUUCCUGGAGGUCCCUCUGGCGUGGCCAGGGGGCUGCUUGGGGUGGGUGGCGUUGCUGUGCUGGGAAUGGGCAGAACUCACCUGGGGUGGAAACCUGGAGCUGCCCAGACCCCACGGGAUCCUCUGGGAUUCCUCCUUCCACAGGAGUGGCUUGGGGAGCAGUUUUCACUCCAGUCUUGGCCAGCCCAAGGAAACCUGCUCUGGAAGCCGGGGACAUGUGGCAAUGCUGCACCUCUGGCACGGGGACAGUCCCCAGAGGACGUGGGAGGUGUGGGGAGGGGACAAACCCUCCUGUCACCGCUUUGCUGUGGGACAUGCAUGGGCUGUGGGCUGCUGCAGUCAUGGAGCAAGCAUUCAGGAGAGCCUUCCUCCUCCUCCUCCUCCUCCUCCUGCUGCUGCUGCUGUCCCAGCCCAGGGCUGCUGGGACAACACCAGCUGCUGCAGCAGGACAGGAGCCACCUCAUUCCAGUUUUCCAUCCCCUUUUGAGCCAGCAGGAGCACAAACACCUCUGGGUGAGGCCAGGUGCUGUAGGAGGGUUAUUUUGGGGGGAAUUGAUGGCAGGUGAGGAUCAUCUCCUGUGCCCUGCAGACCAAGGCACCUCAGACCCCCAAACCCCCUCCUGCACUACCCAAACUCUGAGCUCAGGAGACCUCCUGGAGCACUGGGGCACCAAUCCUCCCAAAACAGAGCAUCAGAGAGCUGCCAGCUCCAGAUGGGCAUUUUCAAAGCAGUUUUCUCCCCUUUUGGCACCAACUGAUCACACGCAGGGCCUGGAGCCAGGGCUUGGGCUGCUCUUUGUGGAGCUUGGCUCCAGCUCUUUGUGCAGGGGUGGCACAGAGGGGACGGGGACACCUCAGCAUCAGCGGGGCUGCCCCGAUGCUCCUGCAAAAGGCUCGUUCUUUAAUCACAGCAGAAGAAUUACCAUAUCUCCUUAGAUUUGCCACCUGGUGGAAGGAGCUGAUGGGAGACAGGCACCUUCCCAAGGGAGGGUCACCCACUCCAGGCCGCGAUUGAUUCCCGUUAUUAUAAAGCCGAGAUUAACGAAGGAGAUGUUCACUGUCUGGUGGGGUCUUUAACCAUGUGCACUUAGUCAGUAGGUGAGUAGAUGUUGCUGCCCGUCUCUAUCUCCCCUACCCAGUUGCUACGUGUGAACAAGUGUAUUUCUCCCCAGUGUUGUGGGUUCUGCCUGUGGUGACACGAGGAUGGAAAGGUAGGGACGACGUCGGUCGCAGCUCGAGCUUCCCUCUGUACAGGGUAGAGAGGAAACCUGGAGCGAUCCGAGGCACCGCUUGUAACUACAUUUGUUCAAGAAAUGUCAUCUUAACCCCAAACUGUUGACACUUUAUGCAUGUGCUAAUUAAAUUAAAAAAAAAAAAAAAGGAAAAAAAUUAAUAAAGAUUUUAAGAGGUUACAAUAGA